UUAAAUGUGUGAAAGAGAGUGACGAACGCCAGAUCCUGAUCCGACGGCCACCCGUGGAAUAGCAAAUCCGGAAAGGCCCACGCAAGCGUCUCUCUCUCUCUCCUGGAGAAGCGCAUAUCCUCCGCUCUCGCCUCUCGCCGCCGCCGCCGCCGACGUGGUGCCACAUCCUUCGCGGCGGCUCCCCUCCGCACAGCCCGGCGACCAUGUCGAGCGGCCUGGACAUGUCCCUGGACGACCUCAUCAAGCAGUCCAAGACCAAGCCCAGAGCCGGGCCCCCCGCCGCCGCCGCCGCCUCCUCGUCGGGGCCCACCCGCCGCGCGCCGCCGCCCGCGCGCGCCGCGCCGUACCCGCCGCCCGGCCCUAAGGCCGCGUCCGCUGGUGCCUCGCCGUAUGGGGUCUACUCCGAGCAUGUAGCCGCCAUGGCCGGGGUCGUGCCGCGGCCGUCGCCGAACUCCGCACGGUCUCUGGAGACGGGGACGAAGCUGCACAUCUCCAACCUCGACGCCGGCGUCACCGUCGAGGACGUUCAGGAGCUCUUCUCAGAGAUUGGUGAACUCAAACGCUAUUCUGUUAACUAUGAUAAGGAUGGAAAAUCACAGGGAACGGCAGAAGUUGUGUUUGCAAGAAAAGUGGAUGCUUUGGAGGCUAUCAAAAAAUAUGAUGGUGUAGUACUUGAUGGGAAGCCAAUGAAGAUAGAUCUCAUCGGAACUAAUUCUGAGCCAUCCCCAACACCCCCAACAGCACCGUUGUUGUACAACCCACCUUUUCCAAACUACCCUAACAGUGUACCUCGAAGAGUUGGCCAAAGGGGACCAUUUCAAGGUAAUGUUCGCCCAGGAAGCGGUCAGGGCAUUGGAGGUGGCCCAAGAGGAUUUCAAGGUAACGGUCGUCCUGGAAGCAGUAGCCAGGGCAGUGGUGGCCGCGGCCAGGGAAAAAAUCGUGGAAAUGAUCGGAAUCGUGUACAAAAAUCGGCUGCGGAUCUUGAUGCUGAACUGGAGCAGUAUCAUGCAGAAGCAGUCAAGGAGAAAUGAGGUUCUCUUCUAUUUUUACUAGGGGGUGACACUGAAACUACUUGGCAUUGGUUUAAAGGUGUGAAAUUAUCUUGCUAGUGUUUUGUGCUAGAUAUUUUGUUGUUAGUGACAAGCAUGAACCAUUCAGGAUAACAUGUUUUCUGAAUCAUGUGUUUGGAGCAUUGAAUGUGCAGUCAAAGUUAUUUUAAGUCUGAUCAAGUGCUUGUGGUGCGCGCAGCAUACAUGCUUUUCCAAAAUCUUGUGAUGACAGUUGUACACACCAUGAAGAACAGUUACAAACCACUCAACAUCAAUUAAUCAUGUUUUUUUUUUACUACCAAUACUGUAGUUGCUGGAUAUGUUCUGAUUCAUUUGUACUUCAUACACAAAUACAAGCCAUAUUUUGUUUUGCAAGCAGGCAGAGUUCGAGUGAUGGCCUGCUAGGUGCAGCCAAGC